CUUGCUGAUCAGUCGUCUGGUGCUGCUCGAGCUGUUUAGAUCGUUUUUAUUGAAAUAUUCACUAUUCUGUGCAAUCACUUACUUAUUUUCUGCAAAAGUGCGAUAAUUUAUUUUUAGUAAUCAUCUUCGAGUAGCCACGCAGCCACAGACCGUUACGCAACCAUGAAGUGGGCAAUCCUGCUUGCAGCAGGCCUCCUCUGUUUGGUGCCAAUGCAUGCAGAGGAACUACCUGAAUUCGAUUUGGACGAUCUAGCCGAUUUCGAUGAGAGUGAAGAGGAGUUGUUACGACAAUUCGAGGAGAAGAACUUGAAUAAUGAUUUGGAACGUGAAAAUGAGCUCGCUGCUAAAUUAGCUGCUGAUGCUGUAGAUCAGCAGAAUAGCGUAUUGAACCCAGUAGUUGAAAUUGAUCCCUGUGAGAAAAUGCAUUGCGGUGCCGGUCGUGUCUGCCAGCUGAAUGGCAAUGAAGCUAAAUGUGUGUGCAUACCCGAGUGCCCUGAGGAGGCGGAGGCACGUCGCCACGUCUGCACUAACCGUAAUGAAACUUGGCCUUCAGAUUGUGCCGUCUAUCGGCAAAGAUGUCUGUGCGACACCAAAGCACCCGGUUGCCUAAACCCCGAAAACAGUCACGUACAUAUUGACUAUUACGGUCCAUGCCAUGAGAAACGCGAAUGCUCCGAAGAAGAUAUGAAAGAUUUCCCACGUCGCAUGCGCGAUUGGUUGUUCAACGUCAUGCGCGAUUUGGCCGAACGUGAUGAGCUCACGGAACAUUACAUGCAAAUGGAAUUGGAAGCCGAAACUAAUAUGACUCGUCGCUGGGCUAAUGCAGCAGUUUGGAAGUGGUGUGAUUUAGAUGGUGAUACCGAUCGCUCUGUAUCGCGUCACGAACUCUUCCCCAUCCGUGCACCAUUGGUUAGCUUGGAGCAAUGUAUUGCACCAUUCUUAGAAUCUUGCGACUCAAAUAACGACCAUCGCAUCACUUUGGUGGAAUGGGGCGCUUGCUUGGAACUCGAUGAGACCGAUUUGAAUGAGCGUUGUGACGAUAUUCACAGGAGCACUCCGCAAUUACUCGGCUAAAUAUGAUUGGGUUCAGGAUAAUUCCAUUAAUAUUAUUUGAAGCUUUAUUUUCUGUAUCAUAACUACUAUAGACGCAUAUACAUACAUACAUACAUAGAGGAAAAGUAUGUCUGUAUGAAAUUAUUUGGUUUAUAUUUAUCAGCAAAUAUUGAGAUUUUAGAUUAAAACUAAGUGUAAUAAAGGUUUCUAAAAUGUUUUGCA